AAUCAGGAAGUGAGCGUUUGCGUCACUCUCGGCAGUUAUUUGAAUCGACAGAAAGGUCUCGUUUAUUUGUUAAGCUGAGUUAAACACAACAGAAAAUAUAAAGUAAACAAACAGUCGUUCUUAAGUGACGGUUUAAGAUAUGGUUAUACUCAAUUAGCUGCUGUCAGUUAGCUAAAUUAACGGAAAAUAGCGGAAAAGUGGCUAGCUUAGCUUAGCACGUCGUAGUAAACAGUUGUAUGAUUAGCAUAAACCGCUGUGUUUGUUUGGAACAGUUGACAGGUUCACAUUUUAAAAGAAUUUGGCGUGUAUUUGGAUAAAACCUGUCAGACCUUUCUUCGGGUGUAGGACGAGAUGGAAAAGCAGGAGCAGACGGAGUGGGACGCAGUGAACCGUCUGCUGCAGCACCAGGGCUUUAAACCCGUCCGCUUCGCAGAUCCCACUGAGAACAAGAACCUGGCAGACCUGGUGCUGUUAGAGAGGACGUCCGCGUCCGAGCUGCGCAUCACGCUGAAGACGAUGCUGAUGGACUCGGAGCGGAGACAAGCGCUGAUAGAGGAGCUCAUCCAGUCUAACAGCAAGUUAAAGCAGGAAGUGGAGCAGCAGCAGGCUCGGGCGGUGCGUCAGUCAUACAGAGCGGAGGAGCUGGAGGGCGUGUUGGCCGGGGUAAAGGUCAAAGUUCAGGGGCUGGAAGACUCCAUUAUCAAUAAAGCAGCGCAGCAGCAGGGACAAUUGCAGCAACUGCAGCAGGACAAGAGAGAGGUCCAGAUGCUCUGUCAGGCUCUGCAGCAGCAGCUCAGUGAGCAGGAGUCUCAGGUGUGUGAGCUGCAGAAGAAUCUCCAGCUCUCAGUGAAAGAGGAGGAGAAACGUGCCUCUCGCCAGAACCAAGCGUUCCAGCAGUUCCUCAGUCGCUCCGCUCGACUGCACUCUCCUACUGACCAGCUGGUCCUAGAUGUCAUCAGUGUUUACGAGUCUCAGCUGCAGCAGCUGCAGGAUAAACUGAAGAAGUGUUGUAGAUGCAGUGUGUGUAAGAACGACUCUUCUGACUCUCAGAACACCGACACCACAGAGUUAACCUCCUCCAGCUACAAAACCCUGCUCAAGUCGUAUCAGGAGCAGUUGAAGAAGACUAAAGCUCAGCGUGAAGAUCUGAAGUUGGAGGUUCAGCGCCUCAGACAGGAACUGGACUCCAGGCCGAGUGUGAAGGAGCUGAAGAGCUUUAAACAGCAGCUGAGGGGGAUGGAGCGCCUCAUCCAUAACAACAACAACAUCAGGUCAGUCCAGACGAAUGAAGAUCCUCCGAGUUCCUGCAGUGAGACACAGCAACACAGCACAGAGAGCCAGAGAUACAUCACGGAGAUCUGCUCGGAGCUGAAGGUGAAGGACGUGAGUCACGUGGUCGCUGCAGUUAAAGCUCGCUGCAGAGAAGCCGACUCGGCACUCCAACUCGAGAAGAUCCUGAGUGACAUCACAGCUGUCCUGACCAAUCCGAGAGCUCCGCUGGCGUUGCCAAGGAGACCUGAUGGCGCCACAGGCUCGGAGCUGGAGCAGAUUGUCCCCGUGCUGGAGAUGUGGAGCCAGCAGCUCGGUGCUCUGCCCGACCUGCAGCACGCCGUCAGCAGGCUGAUGAGGAGGCUGUUGCCGUGGCAGCGGGAGGACCAAGCGUAUCCUCAGUGUGUGAAGGUGGAGGACGUGAUGCUCAUGGUGGACACACUGUUGGACGAGACCACUCCAGACAACAAGGUGUUGCGCACUCCCACUAAGCCCACCCUGCAAGCGAUGGUGUCUCAUUUCCAGAUGCUGUUUGAUGUUGUGAGUAUUCGCGGUGUUUACCCGAGGAUGAACGAGGUGUACACUCGACUGGCAGAGAUGACCAACGCCAUGAGGAACCUCCGAGACAUCCUGGACAUGGAUGAAAGUGCAUCCCCUGGUAAUGUGGUGAACAUGGUGGCCAGAAUCUUGACUGGGACAUCGUCUUCUCAGAACCCACACAAGCUGCUCAGAACCAGUGACAGACAGUGAAGCUGAAGGAACAUGAGGAGUUCAUUCCUGUGUUUCACUCACCUGUCCUCAAACUGCUGAACACUCUGGUGAGGAUCCAUUCUGCAUCAGUGGAGGAGUUCUCAUGAAGCUGAAGCGAACUGAUGGAACUGUUCCAGAAAUCAUCUGAAAUCUUGCCAAAAGAAAGACUAGAAUUUUUUAUUUUUCAUACUUUAUUUUUUGUUUUUAGAAAUUGUCAUAGACAUAUAUCUUUUUUUAGCUUGUUAUUUUUCAAUACUAGGGAUUCUCAGUGUGUGUGUGUGUGUGUGUGUGUGUGUGUGUGUGUGUGUUUAUUACACUAAAUUUCAUUACUUUUUCACACUCAUGCUGUGGGGACCGACAUGUGGUCCUUUCUGUGUGUGAGGCUCAGGAUCCUCAGAUGAUGCUGAUGUUUGGUGUAAAGAUUUUUUCUGGACCCAUAGACACUGUUGACCAGGAAUAAAUGUGACUGCUCGUC